AUGGCGACCGAAGGCGACUCCCCCGCGCGACCCCGCGUCUACUUUGAUAUCUCCCUCGGCGGCAAGCCCGUCGGCCGUAUCACCAUGGAGCUCUACGCCGACCUCGUUCCCAAGACGGCCGAGAACUUCCGCGCCCUCUGCACAGGCGAGAAGGGCAUUGGAAAGUCCGGAAAGCCUCUGCACUACAAGGGCUCCGUCUUCCACCGCGUCAUCAAGCAGUUCAUGAUCCAGGGUGGUGACUUUACUGCUGGCGAUGGCACCGGCGGCGAGUCUAUUUACGGCAACAAGUUCGACGACGAGGCCUUUCCCAUAAAGCACGAGAAGCCUUUCCUUCUGUCUAUGGCCAAUGCCGGUCCCAACACCAACGGCUCUCAAUUCUUCGUAACCACCGUGCCUACCCCUCACCUCGAUAGCAAGCACGUCGUCUUCGGAGAGGUUCUGAACGGAAAAUCCAUCGUCCGCCAGAUUGAGAACCUUACCACCCAAUCCGGCGACCGUCCUGCCAAGGAGGCCCUCAUUGCCGACUGUGGCGAGCUGACUGGCGAUGCCGCCCUCGCUGCCGAUGUGAAGCAGCCUGAUGCCCUCGGCGACCCUUACGAGGACUUCCCUGAGGACUGCACCGACACUCUCGAUGCUCUUGCCGUCCUCAAGAUCGCAAAGGCAAGCAAGGAUUACGGAAACACUGCUUUCAAGUCGGGCAACUACUCGCUUGGCCUCGACAAGUACCAGAAGGGACUGCGCUACAUUAACGAGGAGCCUGAGCUCGAGGAUCAACCCCAGUCCAUCAAGGACGAGCUUGAGGCCCUGCGCUUCACUCUCAACAACAACUCGGCCCUUCUCAACAUCAAGCUUGAGGCCUGGGACGACGCUGCCCGCGCCGCCUCUGCUGCUCUUGACGUCCGAGGCGUUAAGGACGCCGAUCGCGCAAAGGCAUUCUAUCGCCGCGGUUACUCCAACAUUCGCCUCAAGGACGAGGAGGCUGCCCUGCGCGAUUUGACCGAGGCCAACAACCUCGCUCCAAACGACAGCGCCAUCACCCGCGAGCUCAACUCCGUCCGAACUAAGGCUGCUGCUCGCGCCGCCAAGGAGAAGGCUGCUUACAAGAAGUUCUUCACCUGA